AACUGUCCAAAAGUGUAUUCUUCUUUUCAGUCGAGUCUUUCUUUUUCAUUUUUCACCUGAUUUUUUUUUUUAAAUUAAAAUCAUUACAAUUUUUAUUACAGCUCCCGAUUCUGUAAAUCCGAAAAUUUUCUUUUCUUUUUUCUUUUUAUUUUCUCAUCAUAAUCCCCACCUUCACCACCUACUGUCACUUCUCUCUUACUUUUUUUUUUAAUUUUUAAUUAUUUUUUCUGCACCAAACUUUCCCCAACAUGUCCUUUUCUCUGUCUCUCUCUCUCUUUAAUUUACCGUUUCGUUUUUUAAGGAAUUGAAUUUUUAAUAAUUCUGUGAUAAGAAAGCUUCAUUUGUUUGAAUUUGAAUAAUUUGGAGUGGGCAUUGACGGAAAAUUGUGUUGAUUUUACGUCGGAAUUGGGUCAAUUAUAAUUGAAUUUGAGAAUCUGAAUCGGGGAUCUUGUGGUUUUGCGGGAAGAGAGGAGAAUCAAUUUGAAAUGUGAUCUGAUUGGUGAUAGAAAGAAAGGGUUUUGGAUCCGAUCAGGGGAGUAACAGCGCCAUCAGAUGGCGCUGUUCAGACGCUUCUUUUACCGGAAGCCGCCGGAUCGGCUUCUCGAGAUCUCUGAACGUGUCUACGUAUUUGACUGUUGCUUCUCUGCGGAUGUAUUGGAAGAAGAUGAGUACAAGGUGUAUAUGGAUGGCAUUGUGGCGCAGCUACAAGACUACUCUCCUGAUGCUUCUUUCAUGGUGUUUAAUUUCAGAGAAGGGGAGAGGCGGAGCCAAAUUUCAGACAUUUUAUCUCAGUAUGACAUGACUGUUAUGGAUUACCCACGGCAAUAUGAGGGAUGUCCGCUGCUGCCACUUGAAAUGAUUCAUCACUUCCUUCGAUCAAGUGAAAGCUGGUUGUCAUUGGAGGGGCAGCAGAAUGUGCUUUUGAUGCACUGCGAAAGAGGAGGAUGGCCUAUACUUGCUUUCAUGCUUGCUGGUCUUCUGUUAUAUCGAAAACAGUACAAUGGUGAGCAGAAGACUCUUGAAAUGGUCUACAAGCAAGCUCCUAGGGACCUUCUCCAGCUUCUGUCUCCUUUGAACCCUCAGCCUUCUCAGUUGAGAUAUCUUCAGUAUAUUUCUAGAAGAAAUUUGGGUUCGGAUUGGCCUCCCUCAGAUACACCUCUAUUUUUGGAUUGUCUAAUUCUUAGAUUUCUUCCUCUCUUUGAAGGGGGAGAAGGGUGCAGGCCAGUUAUACGUGUUUAUGGACAGGACCCGAAAACACCAGCCAAUAGAAGUUCUAAGCUCCUGUUCUCAACUUCAAAGACAAAAAAACAAGUUUGUCACUUCCUAAAGGAAGAGUGUGCAUUGGUGAAAAUAGAUGUUCAUUGCCACAUUCAAGGGGAUGUUGUGCUUGAGUGCAUCCAUUUAAAUGAAGAUUUGGUACGUGAAGAGAUGAUAUUCAGAAUUAUGUUUCACACAGCGUUUGUUCGAGGAAAUAUUUUGAUAUUCAACCGCGAUGAAAUUGAUGUGUUGUGGGAUGCAAGGGAUCAAUUUCCAAAGGACUUUAGAGCAGAGGUACUUUUUACGGAUCCUGAUGCUGUUGUCCCUCAUCUCACCAGAGUUGUGGCAAAUGAAGAUGGGAGUGAGAUAGAAAGUGCUUCACCAGAGGAAUUUUUUGAGGUGGAAGAGAUCUUCAGCAAUGCAGUCGAUGCGCUGGAAGGAAAGGUGGAUGACAACAGUCUGAUGGUUCAUGACAACAAGCCAGAGCAGAAAGAUGUCUGGAGGGAGGAUGUGGAUCCUCCUACAUUUCAAGAUUGUGCAUCGGAUGAUGGGAAUCGCAAACAGGAUGUCAAGGUUGAUUCUAGUAUAGGUGCAGUGAAGGACAUAGUUGUGGAUGAUGUGAAUUACAAAUUACAUAAGAAGAUGGAUUCUGACAUUAAUGCUGUGAAAGACAUAGCAGUUGAUGAUCGAGACAUUAAGGUCGACUCAGUGGUGUUUACUGUUGAUGUGCUGAGAGAUGGAGAAACCAAGGAAGUGACAGAAGAUGUGCUUGGCAAAUUGGAAGACCCGGAAGAUGAGGAGAAGAGAGAAGACACUGUUCCACUGAAUAUUUCAGAAUCUAAGAUGUUGCAGCAAUGGUUGAAAACCGAUGUUUCCAAACCUAAACCUGAGAAAAUACUGCCUGCUUCAAAGAAACAGGCUGGGCUGGGUCCAAAACCUGCUUCUGAUUCUGUUCUGGUGAAACCAAAGUGCAAAGAACUAGAACCUCAGGGCCCUUCUGCAAGACAUGCAAAGCCAAAUGUCAUAUCUCGGUGGAUCCCUCCUAACAAAGGGUCUUAUACCAAUUCAAUGCAUGUAUCAUAUCCGCCAUCAAGAUAUAAUAGUGCACCGCCUGUACUUACCAGCAGUGCAGCUUUGAAGGAAUCAAAUUCAGGUACCAACAUAAAGGGCUCUACUGGAGCUGUGGUUUCAAAGGAUGUUUCAUCCGAGCAAAAAGGUGAGAAGUUUGAACCUAUGAAACCUUCAGACCCUCCAAAAGAAAUAUCUUCCACUCCAGUAAUUCCAACAUUACCACCUGGUCUGCAGCAAUUGGUGUGUGUUCCACCCAGCACUUCACCUCCACUCUCACCAUCCCCACCCCCACCACCUCCUCCUCCACCCCCACCUCCACCCAGAUCUUCUUUGUUUGUUUCACAAUCUUUUCAGGAAAAUGCAACAUCUAUGCUACCUCCCCCACCUCCUCCCCUGCCAGUAAUUGGGGAUGCUGUUUCUAGAAUGUCACUUGCAGCAUCACCUCCCCCUCCUCCACCUUCACCUUUCAAAGCAGCAAAUGUACAGAAUAUUGGGAUGGUUUUACAAAAUGCAUCAGCAGCUCCUCCUCCUCCACCUCCCCCUCCCCCUCCCCCAUUGUCUAAUAAGCAGACUGCUGCACUGGUGUCGUCUCCUCCACAACCUCCACCACCUUGGAAGUCUGGGUAUUCUUCAGCUGCCCCUAGUGUACUACAUUCUCUACCUACACAACCUCCUCCUGCACCCCCUUCUGUCAGAUCAUUAAGUACGUCAAAACUUGGUAAUGUACGUCCUUUCCCUCCACCACCUCCCCCUCCGCCAAUUCAAAGUGCUACGGCUCUAUCUUUCAUGCGUGGAGUGCCAUCAGCCCCUCCUCCACCCUCACCCCCACCCCCUCCAUUGUGUGGUGCUCCAUUUCCACCUGCCCUCACGCCACCACCGCUUACUAGGCAUGAAGCUUCGCCACCCCCACCUCCACCUCCACCUCCUCAGUAUGGAACUUUGGCACCUCCACCGCCAGCAUUAUUGCCUCCUCGUCAUGGUGCUUCUCCUCAUCCACCACCACCACCUCUUUUGCAAAGAGCUCCACCCACACCUCCUCCACCACCCCCAUCCCCACCUCCACCUCCACCUCCACCUCCACCUCCACCUCCACCUCCUCACUAUGGAGUUUUGGUGCCUCCACCGCCUCCAAUGGCUCCUCAGCACGGAGCUUCUCCUCCACCACCACCACCACAACCACAACCUCUUUUGCGAGUACCUCCAGCACCCCCAUCGAUGACUGGUGCCCCACCUCCUCCACCUCCACCACCCCCAUUGACGUCUGGUGCCCCACCUCCUCCCACAUUUGGAGCCCCUCCUCCACCCCCUCCCCCAUUGCAUGGAGUGCCACCUCCACCUCCUCCCCCACGUGGAGCACCACCCCCACCACCUCCACCUGCUCAUGGAGCGCCAGCACCACCCCCGCCUCCAAUGCGUGGAGCUCCUCCACCUCCAAUAGGUGGAGCACCACCUCCACCUCCACCUCCUGGAGGUCGAGCUUCUGGCCCUCCAACUCCACCUGGAGCUCCUGGUGGUGGACCUCCUCCGCCUCCGCCCUUCGGUGCCAAGGCAGCUGACGUGAGAGGAAGAGGGCGUGGGCUAUCACGUCCAUCAGCUGCUACAGCACCUCGGAGAUCUUCCUUAAAGCCUUUACACUGGAGCAAGGUCACAAGGGCAAUACAAGGAAGCUUAUGGGAAGAAUUGCAAAGACAUGGAGAGCCUCAAAUUGCGCCAGAAUUUGAUGUGUCAGAGCUUGAGACUCUUUUCUCUGCAGUUGUUCCUAAGCGUGCUGAUUCAGGGGGUAAAUCUGGAGACCGGCGCAAGUCAGUUGGAUCAAAAACUGACAAAGUCCACCUGAUUGACUUGAGGAGGGCCAACAACACUGAAAUCAUGCUCACUAAAGUUAAGAUGCCACUUUCUGAUAUGAUGGCUGCAGUGCUAGCAAUGGAUGAUACAGUAUUAGAUGUUGAUCAAGUCGAAAAUCUCAUAAAAUUUUGUCCAACUAAAGAGGAAAUGGAACUUCUCAAGGGCUACACUGGUGACAAGGAGAGCCUAGGGAAGUGUGAACAGUACUUUUUGGAGCAGAUGAAAGUGCCACGAGUAGAGUCAAAAUUAAGAGUGUUUUCUUUCAAGAUUCAGUUCUUCUCUCAGAUUUCUGAAUUUAAAAAGAGCUUAAACACUGUAAAUUCUGCCUGUAAUGAGGUACGAAAUUCCCUUAGAUUGAAGGAAAUCAUGAAGAAAAUUCUCUAUCUGGGAAAUACAUUGAACCAAGGAACUGCAAGGGGUUCUGCUGUUGGAUUUAAGUUGGACAGUCUUCUAAAGCUCACAGAUACACGUGCUUCUACAAGCAAGAUGACGCUAAUGCAUUAUCUUUGCAAGGUCCUAGCUGCCAAGACACCGGCACUUUUAGAUUUUCACCUGGAAUUUGUUAGCCUUGAGGCUGCAACUAAGAUACAAUUAAAAUCUUUAGCAGAAGAAAUGCAAGCUAUAAUUAAGGGAUUAGAAAAGGUUAGGCAGGAGCUGGUUGCCUCUGAAAAUGAUGGUCCUGUGUCUGAAGUUUUCCGGAAGACAUUAAAGGAAUUCAUUUCUGUUGCUGAAACAGAGGAGGCAUCUGUAUCAAAUCUAUAUUCUGUGGUGGGUAGGAAUGCAGAUGCACUUGCACUCUACUUUGGUGAGGAUCCUGCCCGAUGCCCAUUUGAGCAAGUUACUGCAACACUCUUAAAUUUUGUGAGGUUGUUUCGAAAAGCACAUGAAGAGAAUUUGAAGCAAGCUGAAUUAGAGAAGAAGAAAGUUGAGAAGGAGGCUGAAAUGGAGAAGGCUAAGGGAAUUAACCUUACAAAGAAGGGUGCAAAAUAGUUGAGGAUCGGUUUCUCUAUUCCUACAAAGGUAAUAUGCUCCUGCCUAGCAGCAGAUGUCUGUGCUGAAGAGUUUGACUGAAAGACAGGAAAUGCUGCUUUUGAGGACUGUUGAGAUGCCUCCCAUUCUCUGGUAUUGGUGCAAUUUUUUAAGCCUUCAGAGAUGUUGUAAAUGAGGCAAGGGCCUUGUCCUGGAGGCUAGCAGGCCUUGAACUAUGCCUAAGGCUUCAGGAGACAUUUUUUAUGGGGAAGAUUUCAGUCCCAUUACUGUGAAUGAUCAAUGAAUUUUUGGAAGUAGAUGUCAGAUGGACAAAGCUUCUAAGCAGAGUGGUUCAUCAAGGUCACUGCUAUGGCCCUUCUAGCAUUAUUUUCAGAAGGAAAUUUAUAGUCAUGGGCCAGCAUUUCGCAAUGUUAGCCGAUCUCUUUUCAGCUUCCGCCAUUCAUUUGGCAUAUUUUUUGAGCACCUGAGCGGAUGUCCAUGGGAUCGGAAAGCCGGAAAGUCCCACUGUACCAUGAAAACGUGUAGUGUACAAAGAUUUAACCACUUACGGUAGAAUUCAAUUCAUUUUUCUUGUAACAUAAUCAUUUUCCUUUUUGUUUCCUUUCGUGAAAAAAAAAAAUUUGAGAUUUUUUACAGUAGCCCAUCAUAGAAGAGAUUGUAUAGGUUUUUAGGUUUUAGAAAAGGGAAAUUAGAAGAAGGGCUUUCUUAGAGUAAUUGUAAUAUAGCACCAGAAUAUAGCUGUUUCAUUUGAUUUGAUUCCUGAAUCAAGAAGUAAUUCAUGAAAUUGUUUGUUCCCUCUCUCCUCUUUUAACUAUUACCAAAAAUGGAAAUCUUCAUAAUUGGUUAUCUUUAUCCUUAUUUAGAACAUUCCAUUUGUAGUUGAUUCACAUGGAGAAUAGAGAACAUUUCAUUGGUUUUAGUAAGCACAGUAAGCGCCCAACAAUUUUUCGGGCCUAAGUAAAGUUAAGGAAGGACUAACCGUUGCUGGAUU